UCUGAUCUCGCCACGUCACCCAAUUGUUCAUGAUAAUAUGAUCAUUAGUAACGUAUUAACACCGGCCCCUUCAUCUGUACGUUUCCCCACUCUCCACUUCCAAUCACAGCUUCACAUUUUCCUAAACUUUCAAUUUCCCCCAGAAUUUCGUAUUUAAUUUGCGUAUUUGUACCUUCGUCGUAGUUUUCCCGAGAGUUAGUCUUACGAUUGAGAAAACAUGAGCAACACAAUAGGGAAUAACUUGCUGCAUCAGAGUUUGCUUUAUCCGACAGUAUUAGAGCACCAGGGUCGAAUCAAUUCUUCGACUUGCAUUGGAGGCAAUACCUUUUUCCAGGCUCAAGCAACUUCACUGACACAGAAAUCUUCUAUAUCAACCGAGUUCCUUGGUAACAGACUGAAAGUUCGGAGACAUAAAUUAAAGAUGGGAAAGUGUUGUUCUAGUUCAAGAUCAAGAUCAACUCGGGCUGUUUUAGCUGCCGAUCCGUCAUCUGGGCUUACGGAGAAGUUCAACCUCUAUCAGAAUGUCGAAUUACAGGUUGAUGUAGAGCUUCCUCCUUCAGGUUCUACUUCGGUGGUGAAUAUUCAAGUUACAAGUGGAAUUGACAGCCUACUUUUACACUGGGGAGCAAUAAAAAGUCAUACCAAAAAAUGGAUACUUCCUCACCACCGUCCAAUUGGAACUACGGUGUAUAUGGACCAAGCACUUCGGAGUCCUUUUGAGAAAUCUGGUUCAAAUGCUGUACUGAGGAUAGAGAUUGAUGAUCCAUCAAUACAAGCCCUAGAGUUUCUUGUCUUUGACGAAGCCCAGAACAAAUGGUAUAAGUACAGUGGGGGUAAUUUUCAUGUUAAAUUGCCUAAGAGAGAAUCAAGAUCUCCAAAUGUUUCAAUUCCUGAAGAACUUGUACAAGUACAAGCAUAUUUGAGGUGGGAGAGGAAUGGAAAACAGAAUUACAGCCCAGAAAAAGAGAAGGAGGAGUUUGAGGCAGCUCGAAGGGAGCUAUUGGAAGAAAUUUCUAGGGGUGCUUCCAUACAGGACCUUCGAACAAAGUUAACGGGCAAAAAGGAUACAAGUGAGAGUAAAGAGCAACUUGUUUCUGGAUCAAAGAGCUCUAUACCUGAGGAUCUUGUUCAAAUACAAUCAUUUAUAAGAUGGGAGAGAGCUGGGAAGCCAAAUUAUUCUCCAGAACAGCAAUUUAAAGAAUUUGAAGAAGCAAGAAAAGAGUUGCAAGUUGAACUAGAUAAGGGUGCUUCCCUUGAUGAAAUACGGAAAAGGAUAACCAAAGGAGGGACGCAAGCUAAGGUUUCUAAGCAACCGGAAAAAAAGAAUUAUUCUACUGGAGAAAGAAUUCAGCGCAAGAAAAGAGACGUCAUGUCGCUUCUCAGUAAGUUUGAUUCUGUCCCUGUAGAGGAAAAAAUCUCCUUAGAACCGCCAGUGCUCUCUGCAAUUAAGCAGUUUGCUAGAGAAAAGGAAGAUCACAUUGAUGGUCCUAUAGUGAACAAAAAAAUUUAUAAGCUUGCUGAUAAGGAACUCCUGGUACUUGUCGCAAAGUCCUCUGGCAAGACAAAAGUUUAUCUGGCGACAGAUCUUCCAGAGCCUGUUGUACUGCACUGGGCUUUAUCCAAAAUACCUGGAGAAUGGACAGCACCCCCUGCAACUGUGUUGCCCCUUGAUUCAGUCUCUUUAGACAAGGCUGCUGAAACAAAACUGGCUAUCAUUUCUACCGAUAAUCAACCUGACAAGGUCCAAUCACUAGAAAUCACCAUUGAAGAUGAAAGUUUUGUGGGCAUGCCAUUUGUUCUUUUGUCUGGUGAAAAAUGGGUAAAGAACGGAGGGUCAGACUUUUAUGUUGAGUUGAACACUGGUUCUGUGAAGAAGAAGGAUGCUGGAGAUGGGAAAGGAACAUCGAAGUCUCUGUUAGAUAAAAUAGCCGAUUUGGAGAGUGAAGCCCAGAAGUCUUUUAUGCAUCGAUUCAAUAUCGCAGCAGACUUGAUGGAGCAAGCAACUAAUGCUGGUGAACUGGGGCUUGCUGCGAUUGUUGUGUGGAUGAGAUAUAUGGCCACAAGACAACUGAUUUGGAACAAAAAUUACAAUGUAAAACCACGAGAGAUUAGCCAGGCCCAGGACAGGCUUACGGACUUGCUACAGAAUGUCUACAAAAGUUCCCCACAGUAUCGUGAAAUUUUGCGUAUGAUUAUGUCAACUGUUGGUCGUGGAGGUGAAGGAGAUGUUGGGCAACGGAUAAGGGACGAAAUAUUAGUCAUACAGAGAAACAAUGAAUGCAAGGGCGGAAUGAUGGAGGAAUGGCAUCAAAAGCUACACAAUAACACUAGUCCUGAUGAUGUAGUAAUCUGUCAGGCAUUGAUUGACUAUAUCAAGAAUGACUUUGAUAUUGGUGUUUAUUGGAAGACCUUAAAUGAUAAUGGAAUAACUAAAGAGCGACUUCUUAGUUAUGACCGUGCAAUCCAUUCUGAACCAAAUUUUAGACGUGAACAAAGGGACGGACUUCUGCGUGAUCUUGGACAUUACAUGCGAACAUUGAAGGCGGUUCAUUCAGGUGCUGACCUUGAGUCUGCCAUUGCAAAUUGCAUGGGCUACAAAGCUGAGGGACAAGGUUUUAUGGUCGGGGUGAAUAUAAAUCCAGUAUCUGGCUUGCCAUCGGGAUUUCCUGAACUACUUCAGUUUGUUCUGACACACAUUGAAGAUAAACAAGUAGAAUCCCUUCUUGAGGGAUUGCUAGAGGCUCGGGAAGAGCUUAGACCAUCACUGUCCCGGCCAAGUGACCGUCUUAAGGAUCUUAUAUUCCUUGACAUUGCCCUCGACUCUGCAGUGAGAACAGCUGUAGAGCGUGGAUACGAAGAACUGAAUAAUGCAAGUCCUGAGAAAAUCAUAUACUUCAUCUCCCUUGUUGUUGAAAACCUUGCACUUUCAGUGGACAAUAAUGAAGAUCUCAUUUAUUGCUUAAAGGGCUGGAAUCAAGCUCUAAGCAUGAAAAAGAGUGGAGAUGGUAACUGGGCAUUGUUUGCGAAAUCAGUCCUCGACAGGACUCGGCUUUCACUUACAAGUAAGUCGGAGUCAUACAAUCAACUACUGCAACCAUCGGCAGAGUAUCUAGGCGCGCAGCUCGGGGUGGAUCAGUCAGCAGUCAGUAUAUUUACUGAAGAAAUUAUUCGAGCUGGAUCAGCUGCUUCAUUGUCCUCCCUUCUUAAUCGACUUGAUCCGGUUCUUCGGCAAACUGCUAAUCUCGGAAGUUGGCAGGUUAUCAGUCCCAUCGAAGCUAUUGGUUAUGUUGUUGUGGUUGAUCAGUUGCUUUCCGUUCAGAAUAAUUCUUACUCAAAACCAACAAUAUUGGUGGCAAAAUCGGUGAGAGGAGAGGAAGAAAUUCCUGAUGGUGUAGUAGCGGUACUUACCCCAGACAUGCCUGAUGUUUUGUCCCAUGUUUCUGUUCGGGCAAGGAAUAGUAAGGUUUGUUUCGCCACAUGUUUUGAUCCCAAUAUAUUGGCCAGUAUCCAGGCAAGUGAAGGAAAGUUAUUGUGCUUAAAACCUACAUCUGCAGAUGUGGUAUACAGCGAGAUGACAGAUGAUGAACUCUUAAGUUCAACUAACUCAAAGGAUGAUGUUUCAUCAGCGCCAUCUCUGACUUUAGUUAAAAAGAAGUUUUCUGGAAGAUAUGCAAUCUCAUCGGAGGAAUUUACAAACGAUAUGGUUGGAGCCAAAUCACGCAAUAUUGCAAACCUUAAAGGAAAACUUCCAUCUUGGGUUAAUAUUCCAACUUCUGUCGCCUUGCCAUUUGGUGUUUUCGAGACAGUCCUUUCAGAUGAUUUAAACAAGGCUGUGGCAAGUAAGUUGGACAUUUUGAAGAGAGAUUUAGAUGAAGGAAACGUCGGUGCACUUGGUGAAAUACGAAACACCGUUUUAGAACUUUCAGCCCCGCCACAGUUGAUUAAAGAGCUUAAAGAGAAGAUGCAAAAAUCUGGGAUGCCUUGGCCUGGCGAUGAAGGUGCACAGAGAUGGGAACAAGCAUGGAUUGCCAUAAAGAAGGUAUGGGCAUCAAAAUGGAACGAGAGGGCAUACUUCAGCACAAGAAAAGUGAAACUCGAUCACGACUAUCUUUGCAUGGCUGUCCUUGUCCAAGAAAUAAUAAAUGCUGAUUAUGCAUUUGUUAUCCACACCACUAAUCCAUCUUCUGAGGAUUCAUCAGAAAUAUAUGCCGAGGUUGUCAAGGGGCUUGGAGAGACACUAGUGGGAGCUUAUCCAGGUCGUGCGUUGAGCUUUAUCUGCAAGAAAAGUGACCUUAACUCUCCUCAGGUUUUGGGUUACCCCAGCAAACCCAUUGGCCUUUUCAUAAGGCAGUCCAUAAUUUUCCGAUCAGAUUCAAACGGUGAAGAUCUAGAAGGUUAUGCUGGUGCUGGGCUUUACGACAGUGUCCCAAUGGACGAAGAGGACAAAGUCGUGCUUGAUUACUCAUCUGAUGCAUUGAUCAACGAUAGUAAGUUCCGUCAUGAAAUUCUGUCCAGCAUAGCACGUGCUGGAAGUGCGAUCGAGGAACUAUACGGGUCUGCUCAGGACAUUGAAGGUGUUGUGAAGGACGGCAAAAUUUAUGUUGUCCAAACAAGGCCUCAAAUGUGAUGAUUCAUAAUCAUUGGCAUAUGGUAUCUCUAUUAUGGAAACCCAACCAUCAAGCAUCUGCUAUAAAGUUUGGCUGAUGAUUUAGGUUGUGUGGCCUAUAAUUAAAGAGUCGAGUCGAGGUAGUAUUAUCUAGAAAAUAAUAAUAAUAAUUGCGUGUACAAGUACUACUAUUUAUGCAUUGCAUAAAUACCCUCACUGCAUUUAUUAAUCAAUCAUCAUUGGAAUUUGGAAAUAAAACUAUAUAUCAGCAAUUCAUGUAACAUUGUUCACUAGUA